GAUCAACGCUGAGGAGUGCUGUAGUCUCGAGCACUCUCGCGAGAUCUGAUCAACAGCAGUCAUGGCGGCCGCGAUGGAUGUGGACACCCCGAGUGGAGCCAACAGUGGAGCCAGUAAGAAGCGUUUUGAAGUGAAAAAGUGGAAUGCUGUGGCGCUGUGGGCUUGGGACAUUGUUGUGGACAACUGUGCCAUUUGCAGAAAUCACAUUAUGGACCUCUGUAUAGAGUGUCAGGCCAAUCAGGCUUCAGCUACAUCAGAAGAGUGCACAGUGGCCUGGGGAGUCUGCAAUCACGCCUUUCAUUUCCACUGCAUCUCUCGCUGGCUGAAGACCAGACAGGUGUGUCCCCUGGACAACAGAGAGUGGGAGUUUCAGAAGUACGGCCAUUAGCGACAUAUGGAUGGCCCAGUGUUUAAGUGUUAGAUUCAGGACUUUCUUUCUUGAGCUACUUUCUGUUCAGACGCCACUGUCCUCCCCCUGUUAAGACCAAUGCAGUCACCAUGGAAUUGUUAUAAUUUUGUUUAUUUUUAUUUUAUUUCUCUGCUGUGCAGCAUUCAAAGCUGUAAAUUAUGAAUAAAGUUCCUCUGUGCCCA